GAUGUUACCUGAGUCGAUCGGACGUCUGAAUAAACUUGUUAGGCUGACAUUAAGUUUUAACAAGAAUCUUGAAACUCUUCCGAACACCAUUUGUGACUUGAGAGCACUUGAAUCUCUAUAUAUUGGUGGUUGCAGUAGUGUGGAAGCCUUGCCUUUAGGAUUGGGGAACAUAAAAUCCCUACAAGUGCUUGAUGCGGAGGGACUAGCUGUAUUCAGAUUACCAGAUUCCAUGGGACGUCUUAGUAACCUUGUUGAGCUGACAAUUAGUUAUAAAAAGAACCUUGAAAGUCUUCCAGACACCAUUUGCAACCUGAGUUACUUAAAGAUUCUAAAUAUCCGGCUGUAAUAAACUAGAAAUAUCACCACCUCAACUAUAGAAGAUUACAAGGUUAAGGGAAUUAUAUGCAAGAGGUGCUACUCUGUUCAUACAACCUUUUGAUAUGAAACCAAGCCAGUUCGCGUUAUCAUUGCAGAAGUUGGACUUAUCUGAGAAACUUCCUUCAAGCCUGAAAUGGAUAAGGGCAGCUGGUUGUGCGUCAAUGGAGAGUUUACCAAAUGUAUCCAAUUUGAAACUGUUAGAAAAGUUGGACCUUACAGAUUGUAGUGCAUUGACUGAGAUUCAAGGCCUGGAGGAAGUCUCACUUCUAUAUAAAUACUCGGUCUGGGAUGUUCAACCCAUCUCUAAUGGAAUACACUUUCAAGAAACGUUUCUUUCAGUGAGAGAUGGCGACCAGCUAAUUGAAAUAACAUCAAAUUCAGAAAUUUGUGGGGGUCAUCUAUUACAGAGCUGAUAUUAUGGUGAUUUAUAGUACCUCAGUGCCACUUUCAUGCAGAAGACAACGGAAGCUACUCUUCUAAAUGAUCAAAACAUUUGGAAAGUGACAAGAAGUGAAUGCCCUUCUUUCUCUGACCUGAGAUAUGGCUACAGUGGAAGUCUACUGUUAUGGACCCAAGUCAUUUGUUUCCCAACUACAAGGACACAGGAUGAGAUUGCCUUGAUGUCAAAGAUUUAGCAGAUGGAUGCUAGCGGCACUGCUACUUUGGUGAAAGUUAUCUUAUAAUAAACCUUAAGUUUAUCUUAAGUACACACUUUUAAUGUGGUGACUAAGUUAUGAAGAAAUAGAGGUGGUGUGUUAGAGGACUGAAAACUAGAAAACUGCAGUUGGCUGGUGUAGGAUCGGCUUUAAAUGCAGUCACAUCACAGGCAGGGGCGGAUCUAGUAAGAGGCGGGUGGACAUGUGUCCCCGCUAAAAACUUUUUUGACAUUUUUCACCAUUCUAGAUUUUACAAAAUUAUAGAAGUGCUCCCACAAAAUUUUAAAAUAUAUAAGUGUUUGAAACUUGUUUGUUGCUCCCGAAAACCUUAAUACUACAUCCGCCCCUAUUCUCAGGUGUGUGCACAGAAAAAAAUGAACUAAGAGUAAUUCAUUAACAAGUCAAACAAGGUUGUGUCCAUGCAUCCAUAGUUUUGUUGAGCGAACAAAUGGCUUCAACAAGUUCUCAAUCUCAAUCCUCUUCUGUUUCAUAUCUAGAGCCUCCUCCGACUUCUCAAAGACCACAUCUUCUUUGGGACGUUUUCUUGAGCUUCCGCGGUGCAGACACUCGAUUAAAUUUUAUCAGUCAUUUGUACAAAAGACUAGCUGAUCUUGGAAUUCGGACGUUUAAGGAUGUACCUGAGUUGAGCACAGGAGAAGUUAUCAAAAAAGGUUUGCACCAAGCUAUUCAGGAAUCCCUGAUUUAUGUUGUUGUCUUCUCGGAAAAUUAUGCUUCGUCAACUUGGUGCCUGGAUGAACUUGUAGAAAUCUACAAUAAUUACAAAAAAAUGAACCGGUUGGUGAUUGGUGUGUACUACAAAAUUGAGCCAUCUGUAGUUCGACGCCAAACUGGCAGUUUUGCAGAACCUUUUGAAGAAUAUGAAAUUCGUUUUGAUGAUAGAAAAGAGAGAGUGGACAAAUGGCGCUGCACACUAGAAGAAGUUGCUGGCUUUUCCGGGCAACAUGUAUCUGCAGAAAGGGAUGAAGCUGAUAUAAUCACUGAAAUUGUUGAUAGAAUUGAAAUCGAAAUAAAACCACGGACUUUGGAAGUUGCCGCUUUUCCGACUGGGUUAGAGACUCGUGUUAAAGACAUAACAACAUUGAUGAGCAGUGAUACAGAAGGUGUCACUAUAAUUGGUAUGUAUGGCAUGGGGGGAGUGGGGAAAACAACUCUUGCCAAAGCUCUUUACAAUCAACUCCUGGAAAGAAGGUUUAGGUGCUGCUGCUUUCUCGCAGAUGUUAGGGAGAUUGCAGGGAGAGAAAAUGGACUAGUAUUCUUGCAACAGCAAUUUAUUGAUGAAUUUCUUAGGAGUAAAAAACAACAUACGAUCCACAAUGUUGAAGAGGGAACUAAGUUUAUAAGAGAGCGUUUUGGUUCAGCCAAAGUUAUGGUUCUCAUUGAUGAUAUAAACGAACUCAAACACUAUAAAAAUUUGGUACCUGGAAUAUUUGGUCCUGGGAGUGUUGUUAUUGUAACCACCAGGGAUGAAGAGCUGCUGCUUAAAAUUGGAGUAGAGGGGAGAUAUAGACUCUAUAUAAAUCUGAUGGAAGAUGAAGAUUCAUUAGCACUGUUUUCCCACCAUGCAUUUGGAAAUGCUGUACCAGAGCAUGCUUUGAAGGUACUGUUGAAAGACAUUUUAAGUCUUGCUGGUGGGCUUCCUUUGGCUCUCGUAGUUUUCGGUGCAUAUUUGUCUACACAGUCUGAGGGAGGAUGGAAAGGUUACAUUGAGAAACUGCAGCGAAUCCCAGACAUCACUAUUCAACAAAAACUUUUGAUUAGCUUGAAUGCCAUAGAGCUCGAGGAUCCUAUGCUCAAGAAAAUAUUCCUUGACAUUGCUUGUUUUUUCGUAGGAGAGAGAAAAAGGGAAGUAGUUCCAAUACUGGAAACUUAUUAUUCCUACGUGGAUCAUAAAAUUGACACUCUAAAGAAAAGAUGCUUACUGAUUAUCAAUAAUAGAUACGAGUUGAGAAUGCAUCAUCUGGUUAGGGAUAUGGGAAGAGAAUUGGCGCGUAACAGAUGUUAUGAUGAGCCUGGAAAACAUAGUAGAUUGUGGGUAUCAAAAAUGAUACGUGAAGUAUUGAAGAAGAAAAAGGGAACAGAAGCAAUUGAAGGUAUCAUCCCGAGCAACUUUGACUACCAUAAGGCACUGGAGGGAGUAACAUUUGUUACCAAAACAUUCAAACGGAUGAGUGUAUUAAGAUUUCUUCACCUCAGCAGCGGAAAUGUCAGUGGGAAUUUUGAGCAAGCUUUUGAAAAUUUAAGGUGGCUUCGUUGGGAUCAUUUUCCUUUGAAGUGCUUACCUUCUGAAUUUUGCCCGCAAGAACUUGUUUUCCUUGCAUUGCCUAGUAGCAAGAUGAGAACAUUUUGGGAGCUAAAUAUGGAUUCGCAUGUUUUUGAAAUGUUGACGACUAUGGACAUGUCUUAUUCUGAAGAUUUAGUUACCACUCCUGACUUCACUACACUGUCGUCUCUUAAAACUUUGAAUCUCAAGGGCUGUACAAGCUUGGAGGAGGUCCACAUAUCAAUUGGAUGUUUGCCGAGUCUGCUUUCCUUGAAUUUGAGUGGUUGUGUGAACCUAAGAAGUCUUCCGGACAACAUCUGCAACAUCAGAGCACUCAAACGUCUAGAUGUUGGCGGUUGCAGUAGUUUGGAAGCAUUGCCAAUGGAUUUAGGGAAAAUAGAAUCUUUAAAAGAGCUCAUUGCAUGGGGACUAACAACUGUUCCGAAAAUACCAGAUUCGAUCCUAAAUCUCAGUAAGCUUGUUGAGUUUAAUCUAAGUGAUAAGGAAUACCUUGAAACUCCAUCCAGUUCCGUGCAAAAUUCAACUCUUACUGGCUGGGAUGUUUUCUUAAGCUAUUGCAGUGCGGACACUCCCUUUACCAGUCAUUUGUACACUGCCCUAGAUUAUCAUGAAAUUCGAACAUAUAUGGGCGAUUCUGAGCGGAGCAACGGAGAAGUAAUUGCAUUGCCGCAAGCUUUUUGGAAAUCCAAUAUUUUUGUUGUUGUCCUCUCAGAAAAUUAUGCUUCUUCGUAUCGGUGCCUUGAUGAGCUCGGCAAUAUUGUCAGUCGGAAGAAUUUGGUUUUACCUGUGUUUUAUAAAAUUGAUGCAUCAGUUGUGGAAGACCAAACUGGAGGUUUUAGAGAAGUUUUUGAAAGACUUCAAAUUAAUUUCGGGGGUAAUUUGGGGAAAGUUGAGAAUUGGCGCCUUGCACUAAAAAAAGUUGCUAAAUUUUCAGGAUACCAUAUAUCUGAAGACAGGUCUGAGACUGAUAUUAUCAAUGAAAUUGUUGAUGAGAUUUUGAUCGAGAAGAGACCUGAGGCUUCAAGUGUUGCAGAAUAUCCAGUGAGGUUGGGUUAUCGUGUUAAAGGCAUAACAACAUUGUUGAGCAGUGGCACAGAAGGCGUGGUUAAGUUUGGUAUACAUGGUAUGGCUGGAGUAGGUAAAACAACUCUAGCCAAAGCCCUUUUUGAACAGCUCUUGAGAGAAGGAAGCUUUGAGGGCAGCUGCUUUCUUACAGACGUUAGCGAAGCUUGGCAGACAUUCAAAGGCCCUGAAAUAUUACAACAGAAACUUGUUAAUGAUGUUCUCAAGAAAGAUGGUGAAAUCAAGGUUCACAAUGUUGACCAAGGAACUAAGUUGAUAAGAGAUGGAAUAAUUUCAACAAAAGUCCUGGUUGUUAUUGAUGAUUUAGAGGACCUUAAUCAAUAUCAAUCACUGGUAGGACCAUUUGUUGCUGGCAGUGUAGUUAUUAUAACUACAAGGGAUGAAGAGAUGCUGGAUGAGAUUAAUGUAGAAACCAAAUAUCGAUACAUGGCAAAUGUGUUGGAUCCUGCAGAGUCACUGGCGCUGUUUACCCAACAUGCAUUUGAUAAUGGUAAGCUAAGCAGAUCUUUGAUGGUAUUCUGUAAAGACGUUCUGCACCUGGCUGGUGGCCUUCCAUUUGCUCUUCAGGUUUUCGGGUCACAUUUGUCUUCGCGAUCUGCUGGAGAUUGGCAAGAUUACAUCAAGAACUUGCAGGAAAGUCCCAACAGCACUAUUCAGCAAAAACUUAUGAUUAGCUUGGAUGCCUUAGCAUUGGAUGAUUCUGUGCUGAAGAAAGUAUUCCUCGACAUUGCUUGUUUUUUCCUAGGAAGCAAGAUGGAAGAGGUCCUCCGAAUAAUGGGAAAUCGUUAUCAUUACCUACAUGAUAAUAUAUGUACUCUGGAGAAAAACUGUUUUCUGACGAUCAAUGACAGAGACGAGCUGGAAAUGCAUCAGCUGCUUCGAGAUAUGGCCAGGGAAUCUGUGUGAAAAUGAUAAACCUAAACUAGUGUUAUCACGGUCAUACAAUUUGGUAAAUGUAGGUUGUGUAUUAUGUGUGUAUGCUACAAUCUCCUUAAGUUCAUAUGUAUGCAAUUUUUUUAAAGUUAUAAUGUAGAAUAUGGCUUGAUUG